GCCGUGUUGAACCUCGGCCAUGUCAGAUUUCAAGAUGAUAGCGUUUACUUCUUUUCCUCAGUAUCAAGAGACUUUUAAAACGCCGGUGUUCGAAGAAGACGGGGAUGAAAUGGACCUCGAUGAGAAUGGGUUCUUAGAAAGCGAUGAGCUCAAAUUAGCCUGGCCUGGCGAAUCUCUUACGUCUGCUCAGGCCUACAUGAGAGGCCAUGGCACAUACGUCGACAAUGAUGAGGUGAUCGCUUCUGUGGCGGGUGUCGUAGAAAGGGUGAACAAAUUGAUAACAGUGAGGCCAGUCCGAACGAGGUAUAACCCAGAAGUCGGUGACUUGGUUGUCGGGAGGAUCACUGAGGUUCAGGCUCGUAGAUGGAAAGUUGAGGCAAACUCGAGGCAAGAGGCGGUUUUGAUGCUAUCGUCUGUCAACUUACCAGGAGGCGUUCAGCGAAGGAAACUCGAAAGCGAUGAGCUUCAGAUGAGAAUGUUUUUUGAAGAGGGUGACUUGCUUGUAGCGGAAGUACAGGCCUUUUUCGGCGAUGGCACCAUGUCACUUCAUACUCGAUCGUUGAGUUAUGGGAAGCUUCGGAAUGGUCAAUUGAUCACUGUACCCCCAAACCUGGUUCGCCGACUCAAAUCUCAUUUCAUUUCUCUUCCAUGUGGUGUCGACUUAAUCCUGGGCUUGAAUGGGUAUAUCUGGAUAAGCAAGCAUGUAAAAGAAAACGAACGUGAGGGCGAGGAGGGGUUUGACGCGGAGGCAGUAUACUCAAAUCGAAACGAUAACAUCGAUGAUUCCACAAGAAUUGCCAUUUCUCGCGUCGCAAACAUAAUUUCAGUCCUUGCUUCUUAUUCUGUUCCCUUGACCGACACGAUUCUGUUAGAAGCAUACGAAUGGUCUGUGGAACAAGAGGGCGACCCCAAAGAUUUGCUGCAGGAUCACGUAGGCGAAACAUUGGUGACUACGGUAACGGCCAGAGGAUAA